AUGUUCAGACAAAUACUUCUCAGUAUCUUGACCACGUCCAUCACCCCACUCGGCGCCGAGCACUUCAACCACCCGCAGCCUCUUCGUCAAGACGACACAUCUCCCGCCGCGACGACGAGCGCAAUCGCGGGACCAUGGUCACCCUGCUUGCGCCAAAACCCAGGCUGCCAGGAAAUCUACUACCUCAUCCAGCGCUGCUGGGACACGGGCGUGCCGGGAGGGCAAGCGCCAAUACCAGGGCUUGCUGGAGAGCAGGCUGUCAGCGGUUUCGACCCGAACGACCGCGACAUCAGUGAAGCUUUCCGCACCUGCUUCUGUGGAGACCAGCGAACGACCGAGGAUGAGGCGUGGACGCGGUGCGCGUUCUGCGUGAUCAACGCCGGGAUGAGGAGGUACUAUGCCAAUAGGGAGAACACGGAUAUUGUGCUGUUCUGCAGCACGCCUGAUCCGAACCUCUAUCUGUGGCUAUCCGCCUUCCUCAACUUCAGCCUCAUCACCGCGCCUGACGCCUGGUCGUCCGCUCCAUCGCCCCUCCUGACUGGCCCCAUCACGGCUAUUACCGCCGAUGCGGUCAAAUCUCGCUACAAGCCCGACCCAAGCGCCAACAUGCUGCCUAGCGACAUCAUCAUCCUAACUACUGCCACAUCUAGCUCAACAUUGACGAUUGGCUCCAGCUCGACCACGUCUUCUGGCGGUGAUAACGAUGGAGGCGGUGAAGGUGGUGGGCAAGGGCUAGGAGGCGCUCUGGGCAGCGGCGUGCUUACCAUCCUGUCCUACACUUACGAGGACACGAGCAUGUACGUCGUUGGACCGGCUAGCGAGGUUGGCUCUCUGCUCCCGGCUUCUGCUACUGCGGCUGCUUCUACAUCUGGGAAAUUUGCUACGACCACUACCUUGCCUAUGGCGGUGACGACGGUGGGUCAGGGUUACGAUGGUGGUGGUGGAAGUGUUACGACGGGGAAGUUCGUGCAGGGAGGACGGACGGUGCUGAUAGUGGGACCGGCGACGGGGACCGGAUCAGCAAUUAAGUCUUCGGGCGCGGGGGCGGCGGUGGACCGAGCGGGACUGAGUAAAUUUUGGGGUUUUGCUCUUGCGGUAGGAGUCAUUUCAGGGGUUGCAUUCUUGGGCUGA